UUCGGCCAAACAUAGGGACAAAAUUAUAAUUCUCCCUUCGAAAAUUCCGACCGUUGCCUUAUUAUGUCUUAAAAAAAACAGAGCACAUUUCAAAUAAAUAAAACAAACUGAAAAUCACCCCACCACUCCCCAGAAAAAAACAAGAAAAUGGGCUGCGUCUCAUCAAAAAUGGUGGCCAAGGAAAUCGAACAAGAAAAUCUCUACAGAAGAAGCACGGAAUACACCCACCACUUCGUCUCCCUCACAUCAACCACCUACGGCGCCCUCAACCUCGACGGCGGCGAAAAGCAAGCUCCGCCGCCGCUGCCGCCACCGGAGAAGGAGAAUCAAGAAGCCGAAGUAGUGAAGAAGAUCAUACAACCCACAGCGGAGGUGAUGAUCAAAACGUCGCCGUCUCGUGAAGAUCAGCCAUCGGAGAUCAUCAACACGUGGGAGCUGAUGGAAGGCCUCGAAGAUGGAGGGCCCGGUUCGGUUCAGUCGAAAAAAAGCCCGAAAUCGAGGCUCUUCCUUCGUGGGUUUUCGGAUAUGGAUCCUAGAAGCCCGCUGAAGUUCUUGAAUCAAAUGGGUUCUCCGAAGAAAGUCAAGAAAGUUGGGGGAAAGGAGAAUAGAGGAAGAAUUAAUGGCGGAACAAAAUCACUGGAUAAUAGCCCGAAAACAGUUUUCAAAGAGUGCAACGUUUUGAAGGACAACACUGUAAGAAAACCAUCUCCAAGAUUGUGGGCAUCUAUAAGAGGAAGCCCGAAUGUCAAAAGAUGCGAUUCGGGUAUCGAUUUCUCGAAGAGGAGGAGUCUGGGCCCGUUGUUUUGCACCGAGGAAGAGAUCAAGAAGUCGGGCUCGAUGAAUUCCUCGACCGCGGCGGUUCUUGAUCUUGAUUCGUACAAGAAGAAAUGCCCGCCGGGCGGGGAAACCGCGGUUGUGAUUUACACGACGACGCUGAGGGGUAUAAGGAAGACUUUCGAGGAUUGCAACGUGGCGAGAUCCGUAAUCGAGUCGCACGGAGUCCAAAUGUUCGAGCGGGACGUUUCGAUGCACUCGGGUUACAAGGAGGAGCUGAGGGGGCUGAUGAGUAGCAAAGAGGUGAGAGUGCCGCUUGUGUUUGUGAAGGGGAGGUUGAUUGGUGGGGCGGAUGAGUUGGUGAAGUUGGACGAGGAGGGCAAAUUGGGUAUUUUGCUCGACGGGAUCCCGAGGGCGGCUGCCGCCAGCUGCGGCGGAUGUGCCGGGAUUCGGUUUCUGAUGUGUGUGAAUUGCAAUGGGAGCUGUAAGAUUUUGGGGGAGGAUGGGAAGAAGAGUGUCAAGUGUAACAAGUGCAAUGAGAAUGGGUUGAUUCAGUGCCCAAUUUGUUGUUGAUCACUUGUUUGCUGUUGUAGUAAGUUUACACACACUGACUUGGAUUUUUAUUUUAUUUAUUUAUUUUUAUUUUUAUUUUGGGACCCUUUUUAAUCUAUUGGGAGAUUAAAUGAAAGGGGUUUGUUUGUUUGGAUCUAUGUAAGAAAGGGUUCUAAAAUGUAUUUGGAAUCCUUGGCUAAUUUAACAACAUUGCAUCUGGAGAUGGUUUGUUUUCAGAUGCAAGAAUUUGUAUCUUUUGACAUGUUGUGGUUUGAUAUUAAUUAUAUUUAUUUGAUUUUGU